UAUAGAGACAGUAAUGAUUCGUUAGAUCACUUUAAAAUCAAACAAACACAGCACAUGACAGACGGCACAGCUCAAACAUGAGUUCCCUGGAUAAUCAGAUAGAGCAGCCAAACCAAAAAGAUGAGCUGAGGAUUGUUUUGGUUGGGAAGACUGGAGUUGGGAAAAGUGCAGUAGGAAACACCAUCCUGGGAGAAAGCGCAUUUAUGUCUAAGUUAUCUUCCUCCUCUGUGACAUUGGCGUGUGACAAAAACAAAAAGGACAUGGAUGGGCAAAAAAUUGCUGUCAUCGACACUCCAGGCUUGUUCGACACCAAAUCUACCCAAGAGGAGAUAGUGAACGAGAUCAAAAAGUGCAUCACUUUCUCUGCUCCUGGUCCCCAUGCGUUCCUGAUUGUGAUCCAGCUGGGUAGAUUCACAGACGAGGAGAAAGAGGCGGUGAACAUCCUCCAGCAGAUCUUUGGCAAAGAGGCAGAAAAGUACACCAUCGUGCUUUUCACUCGUGAAGAUGAUCUACAGGGAGAAAGUAUUAAAUCAUUCAUUAUGGGAAGUGAAGUUAGUGCAGAUUUAAAAACCUUGGUCUUUGGAGCAUGCCAUGGGAGAUAUCAUGCCUUCAACAACAGAGACCGCAAUAAUCGCUCUCAGGUCUCUGAGCUGCUUGAGAAGAUCAACAACAUGACCAUAAUGGAUGGAAGACAGCACUACUACACCAACAAAAUGUUCCAAGAGGCUGAGAGAGCGAUUGAGGAGGAGAAAGAUAGGAUUCUGAAAGAGAAUGAAAAUAAGACAUUGAUAGAGACUGAAGCACUGAAAGGUAAAUAUGGAGGAAUUGCCCUGGAUCGAGCAAUCAAGGAGCUGACGCAAAAAAAGGAGAGAGAAGCAAGAGAGGGAGCUGAAAAAAAUAUUGCAUAUUUGAAAGCAGCUGCCUUCACUCUUGUUGGAGUGACUUUUGGAGCCCUCACGAAAGGAACCUGCAAUGUACAAUGACAGACAACAGUUUUGCCUGACUUAGUGUUUGCUGAAACAAGCACAAAUUAUACAGAAACACACUUAUUUUGCAUAACGGGAUACAUUUACAUAGGCUUAAGUUUUUGAAGAUAAAACAUUUUAGGUGAUGGGUGCAGUUGAUUCUAGGCAAAUUGUAAAAUAACAUCAUACUUUGUAUACUGUCCAGAUGUAUCUAUUUUUUCAUGUUCAUUCAAAUUUCACAGCUAUAUCCAGAUAUAUUCUAUUUUUUUUAAUAUACAAUACCUACUGUAGUUGUCAUUUUUCAUUUUAGAGUGUCAGUGUCAGGUUUUGCGGCCAGAGUCCGCACCUUGGGGGGGGGGUACUGUAACGCCCUGGCCAUAGAGAGGGGUUUUUGUUCU